AUGCCGCAUCCCAGGUCGCGAUCCCCAUCGCUCCCAUCCGAGGGUGAGAUCGUUGAUCCAGCCCCAGGAACGAAGGCAACUGCGUCAAAAACUCCCUUUAAUGGCACCAACAUUGACCGUCCCACCAGACCUAGCCGACCACUGGCACCGAGAUCUCCCAUAUCGUAUGACGGCUCUCGUUCACCGCGCCGUGGGGAUUCACGGACUAGAUACCCAUCGAGAUCCCGCUCUCGUUCUCCGUAUCGGGACAGCAGGGGCCACAAACGCAGAUACGGCGAUCCCCAAAAUGAUCACGACCGUCGAACCCCGCGGUACGAGUCGCACCGGUACGAGCCCAGCGCCGAUGAUCGACGUCACGAUGAAGGUCCUUAUAGCCGUCGAAUGAGAUCGUACCAUGACUAUGAUCAGCAAGAAUCUUAUGGCGAAGGACUACGGUACAGUGAUGACUAUGACCAGCGAAAGGACAAGCGACAACGUACCCGCAGCCGCAGCCGCAGCCGUUCUCCGUACCGAGAUGCGAGAAAAUCCAAGAAAUAUUCAGGUGACGAUUUCAAUUCGAAGGUGGAUCACGCCAGGCCUUCAGCGGGUUCCGGAAGGCACAGACCCUCUGAACAAGUUGUGAGCGAACGAGCAAAGUCCUCUGUGGCUCAAGAUUCCAAGCCUGGUGCUGAAACGCGAGAAAACCAGGUGCAAGCUUCCUCCAGUCGUCAAGCUUUUGUUUCUAAUGAGUAUGCUCUGCUGUUCCGUGGCCAGGGAAAGAAAUUUACUGACGUGUAUCACAGAGAAGUCGCUCACCCGGAGCCUGUUGAGGACACGGAGCCUGUUGAGCCAGUGAACGAAGACGAUGCGCUGGAGGCUCGUCGAAAGCGUCGUGAGGCGAUUCGCGCGAAAUACCGCAACCAGCCAGCGGCGAGUGUCGGUGAGACUGAAACUGAUACACCAACGCCUGGUCCUGAGCCAAUCAACGCCAAAGAAACCCCAGGUUCAUCUGGAGCGUUGGUCUCUGAGCAGUCUGGAGAGCUCUUGCCCGGUUUGAGCGCUGGUCAAGAUUCGGACUUGGCUAACCCUGGUGCGACCGCGGACGUUACUAGCAAGGACGAGCUAUCCGCUGUUGAUUUUGACGCAGGUCUCGACAUGAGACAAGAAAUCCAGAAGCACGCCAACGUACAGGUCGAAAAGGGCGACAUGCCGUCCGGCGCUUACGAUGAGCUUGAGACUACUACGCAGGGUGGCCCUCUUCCUGCUGAGACAUCGGAAAAGUCUUCGGGGACCAAAUCUGGCUACGAUAUGUUUGCAGAUGAUGACGACGACAUGUUUGCCGAAGAAAGCGAUAAACCCAAAGCAUCACGCGCGCCGACCACCUCCGGCCCUCGAGGCGAGCAACUUGACAACAUGGUGGAUGAUUGGGACGAUGCGCAGGGCUAUUACAACGUUCGACUCGGAGAACUGAUUGACAAGCGCUAUCAGGUUCAACAAACACUGGGUAAAGGAACGUUUGCAGCUGUUGUACGUGCGCUUGACUCCAAAACAGGGAAUCUCGUCGCCAUUAAGGUGAUUCGAAACAAUGAUUCUAUGCGCAAGGAAGGCAUGAAGGAGAUCAAGACCCUCAACCUCCUACAUGAGGCCGAACACGGAGGCAAUAAGCACAUCGUCAAAUUCGAGCGAUACUUCGAUCACAAGGGCCAUCUGUGCUUGGUCUUUGAGAACCUCAGCAUGGACUUGCGCGAGCUUUUGAAGAAGUUUGGCAAGAACGUUGGUCUGAACCUGCGGGCGAUCCGAGCCUAUGCUUAUCAGAUGUUCCUCGCGCUCAGUUUGCUCCGCCAUAUGAACCUGAUCCAUGCCGAUCUCAAGCCCGACAACAUGCUUGUGAACGAACAGCGCGGCCUGUUGAAGAUUUGCGACCUGGGCUCAGCCUUUUCAGCCGAUGAUAUCCCAACUGCGCCUUACCUCGCAAGUCGCUUCUACCGUGCCCCGGAAAUCAUUCUGGGUAUUCCAUUCGACUUCGCUGUGGACACCUGGUCCAUCGGAUGCACGCUCUACGAGCUCUACGCGGGCAACAUCCUCUUCAUGGGUCGAAACAACAACCAGAUGCUGCGCGCAAUCCAGGAGGUUCGAGGCAAUUAUCCAGCGAGACUUCUUCGCCGUGGAUCUCUGAGGUCUCAUCAUUUCUCCGACGAUGCCGUGUUUGCCAGCUUUGAGGUCAACCCUCUGACGGGUCAAACCGAACCCAAACCUAUUGAUUUCAAGAAGCCGCCCCGCGAUCUCAAGACCAGACUGAUGGGACAAGGUACUCGCGGUAUGUCUCAAGCGGAGGUCAAAGAGCUGACCCAGUUCAUUGACUUCCUUGACCGGUGUUUGACUCUCAACCCGGAGAAACGAAUCACGCCCAAUGAGGCUUUGAAGCACCCCUUCCUCACGAGCUCAGUGUAA